AUACGUAAGCGCUACCAGUCGUUCUUUGUAUAACAGUCUUGAAGAAUUUCAUCAAUAAAGUUUUGUCAAAAUAUGUUUUAGCAUACGUCAAAGCUCGUGCUUAUUCAUGUAAUUUAAAUAUAAGUUCAUUUAGUUUUUUGUGAUCAAUUUAAACGUGUUACCUAUACAGAUAAGAUCAUCGUUUUGCGGUUGGUAACAGAAGGGCGUUGACAUUUAAUCAAAAAGGCAAAACGAGAAGAUGCGUCUGUGACAUUAAUUCGCCAGUAGCAACUUACUUGAUCGGAUUUGUUGUUACGGUUGAUUUUUUAUGAACUGAGCGAGAAAGAUGUCAAUUAAUUUAACAAAAAAUAAAGACGGUUUGGUGGCUGCCUGGCACAGCGUAGUCGACGAUAAAUCGUCUACUAACUGUUUAAAAGUAGUUGCAACAGGAACUGGAGGUUUAGAAGAAAUGAUUGACCGUUUAGAUAGUAGUCAUAUCAUGUAUGCCUUUUGUCGAGUAAUAGAUACUAAAACAAGUUUACCAAAAUGUCUCUUAAUAAAUUGGCAAGGAGAAGGAGCACCAAUAGUUAGAAAGGGUACUUGUGCAAAUCAUAUUAGGGAUGUGGAAAAAUUAUUAAAAGGUGCACAUAUAACACUUACUGCACGUUCAGAAGAUGAUGUUGAAGUUGAUUCUAUUAUGGACAAACUUGCUAGAGCAACAGCUUCAGCAUAUAAAUUUAAUGAACCACGUGGUGAAAAUGAAGGCAAUACAGGUCCAGUGGGUACCACAUAUAGGAGAGUAAUUCCCGAACAAGAAAUAAAUGCAACCGAACGCGAUCAAUUUUGGCAAAGAGAAGAAAUGGAAGAGAAGAAAAGGUUAGAACAGGAACGCAUUAAAUGCGAGAAAGAACGACAACGACUUGAAGAAGAAAUUAGAACUAGAGAGGAGAAAGAAACAUUGCUCAGAGAACAAAAAGUAAAUAUAUAUUACGUUGUUACUGCCAAGGAAAACUCAAUAGCACGGCAAAAAUUGGCGGAACAACGUGCCGAGGAGGUAAAUAAUAUACGUAAUCAAAUAGCAGCAAGUCAACAUUAUAGCAACGAUGUCGAUGACGAUCAUAAAUCACGAAGCGAAGAAUUGCGACGACAGAGAAGCAAAGAAACGCAACAGUUAAUAGCUCAAAGAACAAUAAAUGCUAGAGCUGUUUUUGAACAGAAUUCGGCUGCUGGUCAGAUGAAAUCUUCUCCAGUUCAGCAACAAUACGUACCGAAAAAUAGUCACGUGGAAGCAGCCAAAAAAGCACUCGAGGAGAGUCAGCAAAAGGAAAUAGCUGAGGCUAUAGUAGGAGAAGAAGAUGAUGAGCAGGAACAGAAAACAGAAAUCGAUACAACACAGAACUCGGAUGUAGUGUCUAACACCGCUUCAAAUACAUCUUCAACUCAAAACCAAGCUCAAGAAUCGAAAGCAACGAAAGAACCAGCGGGAGAAACCGAGCAACCGGCAGCGACAAAAGAAGCGUGUGCCGACUCCGAAUUGUACAGUCCUCAAGUAAAUAGUCAGUACUUAUACGUAGAUCCAAAUAAUGGAGGAAUGAUGGCAAAAGCCUUAUACGAUUAUCAAGCAGCUGAUGAUACGGAAAUUACGUUUGAUCCUGGUGACAUUAUUACACAUAUAGAUGCCAUCGAUGAGGGAUGGUGGCAAGGACUCGGUCCCGAUGGUACUUACGGAUUAUUUCCUGCUAAUUAUGUUGAAGUUAUCGAGUAUUAUACGUCGCAAUAA